AUGACCUUGGGAAUUGAUUCCAACACAUCUUUCUCCUUUGAGAAUGUAAAGUUUCGGCAGCUUCAGAAGGAGAAAUUCCAGAUCACAAACAACGGUCAAGUCCCCUGCCACUUCUCCUUUAUCCCCAAGCUGAACGACACGCAGUACUGUAAACCAUGGCUUCGUGCUGAGCCCUGCGAAGGUUAUUUGGAACCAAACGAGACGGUGGACAUCUCCUUGGACGUCUACGUCAGCAAGGACUCGGUGACCCUCCUCAAUUCGCGGGAGGACAAGAUCGAGGAGAUCCUGGUCCUCCACCUGGACCGGGGCAAGGAUUACUUCCUUACCAUCAGCGGCAACUACCUGGUCAGCUGCUUUGGGACCUCCUUGGAAGCCCUGUGCCGGAUGAGGCAGCCCAUCCGUGAAGUCCCCGUCACGAAGCUCAUCGAUCUGGAGAAGUCUCUUCUGAAGAUGGUGCCUCAGGAUGAAGACUCUAGUGACCGACCUUUGCACAUACCCAAGGAGAUCUGGCUCCUGGUGGACCACCUCUUCAAGAAU